CGUGGAGCUGAAUUCACGCGGUGUGGCCUCUGCUAUGGAUCAGUGCGAGCACAAACAGGAGGGAGCCCCUCACAGUUCUAUCAGAAAUCAUCGGAGACCAGGAUCGUCUGGCCCAAAGUCUUUUUCCAUGAAGAGCCACCGAUCCAUGAAUGAACCCAUUAAUGUUAAUAUUACACAUUUAAAGGCAGACCAAAGGAUCCAUCCACAGGCAGAGGGCUCUCCUGAAGCCAACUUUACACCUUUGAAGAGCGACCACUCUGUGCAUCAAUCUACUUAUUUUGGACACCACCCAGCUCAUCACAGAAUUGACCGGAACACAUCAGAUCAAUCUGAGCACAAACAUCACCUGGACUCUGUGUUUAUGCUCCUUGAGAAGAAAAUUGUCACCUUUAUGAAAAAUGAGCUUAAUGAGUUCCAGAGGUUUCUGAGUGAGAGGCUGGAUGAUGAGAUACUGGUGUAUCAGGAUGAAGAGAAGAGGAGCAGCAGGGAGUCAUUUCUGAAGAUCACACUUCACUUUCUGAGGAGAAUGAACGAGGAGGAGCUAGCUGACCGUCUUCAAAGCAGAACUCAUGCUGAAGUUGGCAAACAUAAACUCAAAUCUGCACUGAAGAAGAAGUUCCAGCGUGCGUUUGAGGGGAUCGUCAAAGCAGGAAACCCAACCCUUCUGAAUCAGAUCUACACAGAGCUCUACAUCACAGAGGGAGGGACUGCAGAGGUCAGUGACCAACAUGAGAUCAGGCAGAUUGAAACAGCAAAUAGGAAACCACACAGACCAGAAACACCAAUCAGACAAGAAGACAUCUUUACAGUCUCACCUGGAAAAGAUGAACCAAUCAGAACAGUGCUGACAAAGGGAGUGGCUGGCAUUGGGAAAACUGUCCUAACACAGAAGUUCACUCUGGACUGGGCUGAAGGCAAAGCCAACCAGGACAUCCAGUUCAUGUUUCCAUUCACUUUCAGAGAGCUGAAUGUGCUGAAAGAGGAAAAGUUCAGCUUGGUGGGACUUGUUCAUCACUUCUUUACUGAAACCAAAGAAGCAGGAAUCUGCAGCUUUGAAGACUUCCAGGUUGUGUUCAUCUUUGAUGGUCUGGAUGAGUGUCGACUUCCUCUGGAUUUCCACAAAGCUAAAAUCCUCACUGACCCUAGAAAGUCCACCUCAGUGGAUGUGCUGCUGAUAAACCUCAUCAGGGGGAAACUGCUUCCAUCUGCCCACAUCUGGAUAACCACACGACCUGCAGCAGCCAAUCAGAUCCCUCCUGACUGUGUUGACAUGGUGACAGAGGUCAGAGGGUUCACUGACCCACAGAAGGAGGAGUACUUCAGGAAGAGAUUCAGUGAUAAGAAACAGGCCAGCAGGAUCAUCUCCCACAUCAAGGCAUCACGAAGCCUCCACAUCAUGUGCCACAUCCCAGUCUUCUGCUGGAUCACUGCUACAGUUCUGGAGGAUGUGCUGAAAACCAGAGAGGGAGGACAGCUGCCCAAGACCCUGACUGAGAUGUACAUCCACUUCCUGGUGGUUCAGGCCAAAGUGGCAAACAUCAAAUAUGAUGGAAGACGUGAAAAAGAUCCAAUCUGGAUUAAGAAGAGCAGGAAGAUGAUCGAGUCUCUGGGAAAACUGGCUUUUGAUCAGCUGCAGAAAGGAAACCUGAUCUUCUAUCAAUCAGACCUGACAGAGUCUGGCAUCAAUAUCAGAGAUGCCUCAGUGUACUCAGGAGUGUUCAGACAGGUCUUUAAAGAGGAGCGAGGACUGUACCAAGACAAGGUGUUCUGCUUCAUCCAUCUGAGUGUUCAGGAGUUUCUGGCUGCUCUUCAUGUCCAUCUGACCUUUAUCAACUCUGGAGUAAACCUACUUGAAAAGCAACAAGCAAUCGUGCACAAUAUCAGAGUAUUAAAAGACAUACCUAAGCUGAAACAUCUUUACCAGAGCGCAGUGGAUAAGGCCUUGGAGAGUCCAAAUGGACACCUGGACUUGUUUCUCCGCUUCCUCCUAGGUCUUUCACUGCAAACCAACCAGACUCUCCUACAAGGCCUGCUGACACAGACAGGAAGUAACCCAGGAACCAGACAUAAAACUGUUAAAUUUAUCAUUGAGAAGAUCGGAGGAAAUCUGUCUACAGAGAAAAGCAUCAAUCUAUUCCACUGUCUGAAUGAACUGAAUGAUCGUUCUUUAAUGAAGGAGAUACAACAGCCCCUGAUUUCAGGAAGUCUGUCCACAGAUAAACUGUCUUCUGCUCAGUGGUCAGCUCUCGUAUUCAUCUUACUGUCAUCAGAAAAAGAUCUGGAUGUGUUUGACCUGAAGAAAUACUCUGCUUCAGAGGAGGCCCUUCAGAGGCUGCUGCCAGUGGUCAAAGCCACCAACAAAGCUCUGCUGUGUGACUGUAAUCUGACAGAGACCAGUUGUGAAGCUCUGUCCUCAGUUCUCAGCUCACAGUCCUCUAGGCUGAGAGAACUGGACCUGAGUAACAACAACCUGAAGGAUUCAGGCGUGAAGCUUUUGGCUGCUGGAGUAAAGAGUCCACACUGUAGACUGGAAUCUCUCAGGCUAUCAAGUUGUCUAAUCACAGAGGAAGGUUGUGCUUCUCUGGCUUCAGCGCUGAGCUCAAACCCCUCCUAUUUGAGAGAGCUGGACCUGCGUAAUAACAGCCUGCAGGACAUUGGAGUGAAUUUGCUGCUUGCAGGAUUGGAAGAUCCAUAUUGGAGACUUGAUAUUCUCAGGGUGGACAGUGGUGGAGAGCAGAAGGUAACUCUUGAUCUAAGGAAAUUUGCUUGUGAGCUAACACUGGACCUAAACACCACACACAAAAACCUGAAACUGUUUGACAACAACAGGAGCGUGAAAGUACUCAAGCAGCAGCAGCCUUAUCUUGAUCACCCGGAGAGAUUUGAUAUGUUUUGCCAAGUGCUGUGUAAAAAUGGCCUGGCUGGUCGUUGUUACUGGGAAGUUGAGUGGGAAGGAAAAGUUGACGUAGCAGUGACUCGCAGAGGGAUCCCAAGGAAAGGCUAUAGCAGGGCUUCCAGGUUUGGAGGGAAUGAUCAGUCCUGGAGUUUGACUUGCUCUGAUAACGGUUACUCCGUCUGGCACAAUGAUAGAGAAACAUCCAUCUCCUCCUCCUCCAUCUCUAACAGAGUAGCUGUGUAUGUGGACUGUCCUGUUGGGACUCUGUCCUUCUACAGAGUCUCCUCUGACACUCUGAUCCACCUCCACACCUUCCCCAUCAAAUUUACCCAACUUCUUUAUCCUGGGUUUAGAGUCUGGGAUGGUUCAGUCACUCUUUGUUCAGUGACAGAAUCAGACUGCUGACUGAAAAUCAAAGUUUUUUUUAAUCAGGCCCACCAUUAAAUAUGCUCUGCAUGUGGUUGUUACAGCCCUAGCAGGGCCUCCUCCUGAAGUUGCCUGUGUGGGCGUGUCCUACUGUCUCUCCUGUCUUGGGUGCCACCCUUUUUUCUUUUGUAC